CUGAAAAUGAUCUUUUUGAAUGAAAUCGCGACAAUUCAAGUAAUUUAAGACGUAUCAGAUAUGGACGAAAGUUAGUUGUAUCAAGUGAUGAGAAUGGAGCAGUGUACAUAGUACAUAGUGAGGUGAUCAAUGACAAAAUAAAAUUUUGCCAGAAAGCAUUGUGAUUGAAAAGCAGCCAUGUUGGUCAAGUGCUGAUGUUUCUGGAAGGGGCAUGUGUCAGCCAAUGUCCUUCAGUGUCCAGAGGGAGGUCCAGCUUCGAUUUCUAUGUCCAGCAGAUAUAGAUGAGGUCAAGAAGUUAUGCAGAGAAUGGUUUCCAAUAGAAUAUCCCGAUACAUGGUACCAGGAAAUAACCUCCAACCCCAAAUUUUACUCACUAGCUGCAACCUACCAUUCCAGGAUCGUGGGAAUGAUUGUGUCAGAAGUCAAGUUACUAUCUUCCAUCAAUAAAGAGGAUGCUGACAUUCUGGCCACUCAUCAUCCUCCCACUUCUCAGGUUGCCUACAUACUGAGUCUAGGGGUGGUUGUGGACUUUCGGAAGCACGGCAUUGCUUCUUUGCUAUUGGACAGCCUAAUUUCCUACCUUACAUCAAAAGAUCGAUGUAACUGUAAGGCUGUGUACCUUCAUGUGCUUGCUACAAAUGUUAUUGCUAUCCGGUUCUAUGAGAAGCGUCGAUUCCAAGCUCACAGCUUCCUGCCUUAUUACUACUCGAUUCAGGGUAAACCCAGGGAUGGAUACUUAUAUGUACUGUAUGUCAAUGGAGGAAAACCACCCUGGUCUUUCCUUGAUUACCUGGUCAACUGCGGAGUGAUGAUGUCCAAGCUUCAGCCGUGCGCCUUGCCAAGACAAAUUGUGCGGUCAGUACGUGGAUGGUUGUGCCGUUUACUCGCAGGAGCCACAUCUAAUUAUUCUAGUUAGUUGUCAUUCCAACCUAUGAUUUUAUGUGUGAGUCCUUGAGUACAAAUGUUGAUAAAUGUCCCAUGAUCAAACCUGCCAUGUCUUCUGUUACUUGCAUAAUCUUUUAUUUAUAUCACAGUCAAAAUUGUUCCCAAAAGAUA